AUGAAUCAAGAAACUGAAUUACGUGAAGUCAUGGAUUCAACCUUGAUUCAGCCCUCAGAAGAUACAAACGAAAUCAAGUUUUCUGUGGGUAAAUUACUUUGUUUACUCGAAGCGGUUCUUCCUAUUUUAUGGAUUUACGCAGCUUGCGAAGCAUCCUACAUAGGUACGCUACUGCACAUGGUAUUCAUCUUUUUCUACUCAAUCGGUAUGAAUUCUGUACGAAUUAUGACAAAUUCUUUAUAUAAAUGGCCUUUCCUAUUUGUUUUACUCUCACAAGUAUAUUCAGCUCUUUACGUUAUCGCAGAGCUAAGUAUCUAUUACAUGCCGCAGAAUAAAAAGGUCAAAAUCACCCCAAUUUUGAAAUUAUUAGAUUUAUUCAACAAAGAAGACAAGAAUCUCUUCAAAACACCAUAUUUCGUUCUUCAGAUUGUCUUGAUAAUCAUAAACUUCAUCUAUCUCACAUCCAGAAGUACAUUUAUUUUACUGUGGUACAAACAAUCGAGAUUUGUUAUUAUCAAGCAUUUAAUGGUAUUAAUUCGUCCAAUAUUCUUGUUUACAUUAGCUGUUUUAGUUACUUCUUGCAAUUCAUUAAAAUUAUCUUUCAUGCCAGUGAUUUUCGCACUUACAAUCAUCUCAUUCUCAUUACUCUCAUUAAAUCUUGCCAAUUGGAUUACGUGGAUCUACUGGAUCAUCUACAUUUUGGCUGAUUUUGCUUUCAUCGCCUACAAAGACCAAACAUUCAAGGAACCAGUCGGCUACAACUGGGUUCCACGCUGGGCUGUCGUAUCAAGCGCAGCUACGAAUUUACUCUUUUUGGGAAUGAUUAUCGGUGUAAAUCGAAAUACAACAGUUCAUACGAUCAGAUUGUUCAAGAACGCGACUGCUCCUACCUGGUUUAUGGAUAUUAUACCAUACGUUGUCUUAAUUUCGUGUGGAGUUUUCUGUAUUUGCAGAGAUGCUUGGGAAUCGUUCGGAGUUCUUGCUCUUGCAUGCUUUACAACAUUAUUCGGCUUGAAGUUCCUCCAAAAAGCCUCCAGAUUCGUUCUAACAGCGUUGGCAAUUGUAUAUUGUUAUCAAAUCUUCGAUGAUCUGGCCAGGAACAAAACAGAGCAUCAUCCCAAGUACAACCUUGUCAUCUGCACCCUCCAAGCCAUCUCAGCUGUCUUCGUUCAUUGUAAUCCGAUGAUAAGAACGAAUCCUAACCAUCAAAACACGGAAAGUCAGGUGAUAAAGGUCAUUGCACAAUAUAUUAUCACUAUAAUUUUCAUUGGUUUAGUACUUUUGAACGCAAUUUUCUCAUCUCAAUAUCAUUAUUUAGCUUCUGACUUCCCUCUGUUCUGUAUGAUACUCAUAUUGUGGUUCAAACUAUUUUACAAUUGGGUUUGGGCCUUCCUCAAUGUUAUAACGUUUGUUUCUACUAGUAUUUAUUUCAUUAACCCGUUAUUAAAGAAGAAAAUCAACAUUGAGUGGCUUUUCGAUAUCACAGUCACCAAAGAUCCAAAAGUCAUGUUCUCAAAAGUCUGGCCGUUCCUUGUUCUCUUCAUUUUGACCGCAAUUUUGAGAUAUUACUACAGACAACCGCCAAUGAUCGUUGUAAAGUUCUCAAAAACAGUUGGCGUGUUCGUAUGUUUAUGUCUCAGCUGCAUAUACAUACAAAAUUCCAUUUUUACAGUUUUAUAUCAGUUAUUAAUCAUCGGAAACCUGUUUUUAUACAAGUUCCACUCCGUACUCAUGAUUAUCAACUCAGCCUCGACAUCAUGCCACCUUCUAACCAUUCUUUUGUUCAGUUACGAACAAAUUAAACCUUAUAUCGAGAAGAAAGAGUUGAUUUUGAAGCUGUUUGGCAUCAUAGAGAAUCCAAAUGUCUUCAAAGACAUCAUGUUACCUAAUAUUAUCCUGAUUUUGUACUCAGUUUUCGCAUCAAUUUCAAGAAAGUACGAUGAACCAAACGGAAACACAAAAAUUCCACAUUUCUUGGAAUUGAUAAUCAACAAUUUGUGGGCAAUUACGAUCAAAUUCUCGUUUUACCUGUUUUGGUCCUCAAUUUUCCUUGUUGUCAUCGUUUCAAAGGGUGUUUCCAUAGUAGGAUCCCUCAUGAUCAUGGUAUUAGGCGUUCUAAAGGUCACAGGAGUCAGAACAAACGCAAUUGGAAUUUUAUUGUAUAUUAUUUUCAUCGCGGACGUGUUGGUUGUUACUGCUAUUGACAUAACAAAUACUUCUGAUAGCGUAAAGAAGGUUUUCAAGCUCAUUGGACCGUUAGUUAACACAUCAACUGCAAAAUUUGCGAAUGUCAUCGUUUGUUUGUGCGCAUUCCUCAAUAUGUCGCACUUCAGAGUCACGGAGAUCUCAGAAUACGUAAAACUUGUUGGAAAUUCCCUUUCAUCAAUUUUAUUAUCUGCAGUUGAGUUGACGUUAUCCAUCAUGGCCAUACAGGAAUCGAACAUUCUCAGCAUUUUCGGUGUCGUUUUGGUUUUCGUUCUCUUAAUUAAACCGAAUUUGUCUUUAUGUUCGGCCAGACUCAUUACAAUCAUAUUAACAAUCAUAUUAGGAUAUGUAUUGACCUUCAAGAUCAUCACGAUCAACACUAAAAAUGAUUGGAUGUCUUAUUUACUGCUUCAUGACGUAAAAAUGGUCGAAAUCUUCUACAUCUUCCUUACAAUGUUCGCAUUAUGCUUGUUCUGCGAGUACGGAUCACUCACUGGCUCUCUUGGCCCAACAUUUUUGACUGCAUAUUACACAACUAUUUGUUCCAUUGUUGCUGUCAUCAUUUCGUUGACAGGAACAACAUAUCUGAUACUUGUUCAUUCACUGCUACUCAUCAUUAACCUUGUUUAUACAAGCCACAACAAGUAUUUCCAUAUUUACUCGUUUAAAGUGGCAAUUUUCUACUGUUUCGGAAAUCUUCUGAUGAAAUCUUUCAGACCAUUGAGGAUAUUCACACAAUCAGAGACAGAAAUCGACAGAAUCUUCGGUUUCAGAGGAAAAGAUAAUUUCCAGUGGAUUUUCGUUUACUGGCUCGAAUUUCUUUUGAACAAUGCACUCAAUAGUCCAAGCUACCUCGAUAUCUACAACAAGGAGAAGCGUAGAUGCCAAUACAGAAAAGAUAGACAAAUAAUCAUCCAAGACUUGUUCAAAUUGGACCAAGAAUACUGCGACGAGUACUUCAACAAAGAAUUGGACAGACUCAAAGCAGGAGUUUACAGUUUAAACGUGACAAACGACACGACAUCCGAAUCUCCUGAUUUAAUUCAAUUCGAAGCCAUGGUAAAUCGUCAGGAUGAUAUUCAGAACAACGAUGUCCCAGUACAAGAAGCAGAAAACUACAAUCAGCAACAAAAUCAGGAAAAUCAAACAAAUGAACAACAAGAAAAUGCUGGUAAUGAUCCUAAUAACGCUGUAGUCGUUCCUACUUCUACUAGAGUAUUCUACAUUUCUUUAUUAAAGUGGAUAUUCGGUUUAAUUUGGGGAGUUGUUGUCAGAUUGGUCGAUAGACUUACUGUAAUGAUAACAUACUUCACGGAUAUCAACUUAGAACCACGAGUUCAUACUGGAUUUUUGAAUAAAUUGAAAGAAAUGAUGGAAACAAUGGUUUCUGUCUACAAGUCCGACCAUGUAUUGCAGAUUCCAGACCAAUACACCGAUUUCGUCAAGACGAUUCCUCUUUCUUUCCUCAGACAUUUCCAAAUUUUCGAACCAUUGGAACUCAAAAAAGUGACACCCGAAGAAAGAUUUUCAGUAUUUUAUUAUUACUUGAAAGUCAUAUCCAGACAGAUCAUUCCUGCAUUAUUAUUAGUGAUGGCGAUCUUUUAUCCAAUGGAAGAAAGAUCAAUUUUCGGAAUUUUGUUCUUUUUCCUUUCUUUGACAACACUUUCCUUUAAUAUACAAUCCUAUCUUCCUUUUGUCAUCUUAUCUAUUGUUUAUAUGCUUUUAAGAUGUAUUUUAGGUUGUUACGGCGUCAAAGACAUAAUUUCCAGUUUUUUGGUCGAAGACAAAUACAGGAAAAUCCAAAUUUCGAAGGUUUUGGGAUUAGAUCUCAAUAAAUCUCAAAAGGCUUAUCUAUAUAUUGUCUUCAUUUUGUCUGUCGCUUCUCAACACUUCACUUUUAAUCAUCCCCCUCAAAUUCGAAACAUAAAACCGUCACAAACCGUCAAAAAGACACUUUCUGAGAAAAUCAAAGAGAGAAUCAACAUGAAAUCAUUUGUCAAGUACCAUUUCAACAAGUUAUGUUUUACAAUUGACAUAACCGCUUUUAUUUUGUCACUUUUUAGUUAUUUAGGGUGGACAAUUUCGAGUUCAGCCAAUUCUAUGUUGAGUGGCUCUGCGACUAUUACUUAUGACUUUGUUUUCUUCUUGAUGGGCAAUUUCUUGUUCAUUUUGUUGAUACAAUGGGUCAUAAUUUCAGAACACAAAUCAUGGCUGUUUUCUUUCAAUUUGUUGUAUUCAAUUUUCACUUUUGUUUACAUGUCAUUUUUAAUUCCUGUGUUUACAAAUAACGGUUGUUUCGAACACUUCACUUUCUGGUUAUUCUUCUUCUUGCGAUUAACAUCAGAGAUGAUUUUAUCUAUCAAUUGUUUGUUUGGAUUUUGCAAAGUUCCUCCUUCAAUAGGAAAUCCAAAUCCAUUAGUUGUUUACGUGAAAAUUUUGAUUGUCAACGCUGUUCCUUUCUUAUUCGAGUUCAUUUAUUUGAUCAAAUGGUUGGCAAGUACUACAUCAUUAGAUUUGUUCGAUUUCUUCAUUAUUUCACAAAUGAAAUCGAAAUUCAUGAAACAGUUGAGUUAUUUGAAACUUUGGCCUCUCGACAACAAAAAGAAAUCGCAUAUUAUUGGUUAUUUGUUCAUAUUAGCUCUGUUCGCUCUAUUAUUUGUUCCUUUCAUUGUUAUGAUGUCUUCAAGUUCAACAUCAAAACCAAAUCCUGUAAAAGUGGCAUCAGUUUCAAUAGGAAUUUACGGUUUGCCAGAAAUUUGGUCUGGUACAGUUUUACCUGAUGAAUCCAACAUUUUCAGUGACACGAUGCAGAGAGAGAUUCUCAACUUGAAUGACCCAAUGUUAGAUGCUUUUUACUCGAAUAAUAAGAAAGAAAGUCAGUAUUUCCAGUAUCCUGACAUUACAUUGACAAAUUGGCAGAUUUCUGAUUCUUCAGCGAAUUACGCAUUGAAUAAAAUGACUAAGUUCAUUCCUUACGUCAAUUUCAAGUUCACAACCACAUCUCCAACAACUAAAUUGACAACAGACCAAAUAACUAUUACAAAGACAGGAAACAAUUUGGAUGAAGAACAAAUUAAAACUCUCAAAGAAAUAAUUAAUUGUACAUUAAAUACACAAGAACCAGAAAAUUUGUCAUUGAACAUUGAAAACUUGAUACCUCUUUACUUCACAAUUCCUUUGAGCGACGAAGCAACAUUCAUUAAUAAGUACUAUUUCAACUUGUCUAUGCAGUUCAUGAAAUCACAAUCAUCAGGACAAUUUUAUUGGUUGAUUUCUGUGAACAAGACAGAGGAUAUGCCUGAUUUUGUUGAAGAAGGAGCUUUGAGUUCUGCUGUUUAUUGCAAACCAAGUUACAACGCUGUUAUUGGAUCGUUGUUGACAAGUACAGGUGGUUUCUAUGGUUUGUAUGUUUUUAUCAUCUUUACUUGCGGAACAUUCGUUAGAUCUUUCAUCACGAGUUUCUUCCAGGAUUUGUGGAUCGACAGAAUGGGAAAUCCAGAGAUUUUCUUGAAUGUGAUUUUGGCAAUCGAAGCACACAGGAAUACAGGAGAUUUGCCAAUGGAAUACGCAACAGCAACAAUGAUUCUAAACACUGCAAGGUCUUUGCACAAUAUGGCAAAGAUAGGAAAGACUGUAAAAGUCAAAGAAGCUUAA